AUGAGUGACGCUAUCGUCCACGGGCUUUCCAGCGAAAGCAACAUAUCCGAUCAUUAUACGAGUCUGGACGAAACGUUAGGUGCGCCCAUGAGCAUCGAAGAUCUUUUCAAGGAAUUCUGCUGGGAUGAGGAGUUGGACGACUUGAACCUGAACACAGGCGCCGAAGGAAGCGUCUUCCUUCCUACUAGUUAUAUGGAUGGAUCCUUGGGAUCCACCGUCGAGCCCUCGAAGACCAUUGCCACGAAGCCCUCGGAGAUUCUCACAACCGACCCCUCGAAGACCAUCAUUACCGAGCCCUGGGAGACCAUUAACGAGCCUUCAAAUACCACCAGAGAGGCCUCAGAGACCCCAUCAUUCCCAUCCCCACCAACUCCGGAUUGCUAUGUACCUAUGCCUCUACCUAUACCGAUGCCCAUGUCUGCGUUUCUCAAGACACCCCAGGAGCCAGUCUUACCCCAGUCAACACGCGACUUGGAAGAGGCAUCUAUUCGAGUCCAGAUGUCCAUCCUACAAGAACGUCUCACGGGUAUUCAACAGCAAAAGCUUCAACCACAACAGGACUUUCAGAAACAAGAAUGGCCUGAGAAACAAUCAUGGCUUCAGCAACCACAAGAGCUUCAGCAACCACGAAGAUUUCAGCAACCACGAGGAUUUUGGCAACGACAAGGACUUCGGCAACCAGAAGGGCUUCAGCAACAACCCUGUCCUUAUGCCCCCCCAAGAAAUACCAUCUUCCCCCCAGCUGAACUCUUGGGUACACCCUCCGACGAAUGGCCACUUUGA